CGCCGCGCGGACAAAAAUGAUGAUGGGAAGCUGUCCUUGGAGGAAUUCCAGCUCUUCUUUGCAGAUGGCGUCCUCAGCGAGAAAGAACUCGAGGAUCUCUUUGACACGAUCGAUUCUGACAACACCAACCACGUGGACACCAAGGAGCUGUGUGAUUACUUCGUGGACCACAUGGGGGACUAUGAGGAUGUCUUGGCCUCCCUGGAGACCCUCAAUCACUCUGUCCUGAAGGCCAUGGGCUACACCAAGAAGGUGUACGAGGGCGGGAGCAACGUGGACCAGUUUGUGACCCGGUUCCUCCUGAAGGAGACGGCCACCCAAAUCCAGUCGCUGCUGAGCUCCGUGGAGAGCGCGGUGGAGGCCAUCGAGGAGCAGACCAGCCAGAUCCGGCAGAACCACAGCAAACCCAGCCACGGCGCGGCGGAGACCUGGUAUGGAAGCCCCGCUCCCCCCUACGCCGCCAACCACAAGCUCAUGGCCACGGAACAGGGGAAGAGCCUUCCGUCUGUCACCCAGGACUCACGGGAGGAGGGCCUGGAAGCCCAGAUCAGCCGGCUGGCAGAGCUGAUUGGCAGGCUGGAGAACAAGGCACUGUGGUUUGACCUGCAGCAGCGCCUCUCGGACGACGAGGGCACCAACAUGCACCUGCAGCUGGUCCGGCAGGAGAUGGCCGUGUGCCCCGAGCAGCUGAGCGAGUUCCUGGACUCCCUGCGCCAGUACCUGCGGGGCACGGCCGGAGCGAGGAACUGCUUCCACAUUGCCGCCGUGAGGCUGUCGGACGGCUGCACCUUCGUCAUCUACGAGUUCUGGGAGACAGAGGAGGAGUGGAAGAGGCACCUGCAGAGCCCCGUGUGCAAAGCGUUCCGGCACGUCAAGGUGGACACGCUGAGCCAGCCCGAGGCCCUCUCCAGGAUCUCGGUGCCAGCCGUGUGGUGCACAGUGGGCCGAGACUGACCACCUCCCCGAGGCCUGCGUCCGCCCCCUCCUUGUAAAGGACGUCCCCUUUUCUAGAAACUUUGGUACACGAGCUGUCUUCUCAACACGAAUGUAUUUCCCUGCUGUUUGAAGUGAAGGAGGAACCCC